AUGGCCGCCGACGACUGGCGCUACGCGACCAACCGCCGCGAGGCUGACGAGCGCGGCUACACCGGCGACAACCGCAGGUCAGCUUGGGCACAGUGGGGAACGGGCCGAAACUCCGCGUCUGCCCACCGUGGUGAGGAUGGUCUUCGUCCCUCCGGCGCGCGUCCGCCGCAGAAACGCCGACACGGAGCAGGUGAUCUCCCCAAGCCUGUCCAUUUUGUCUCGGCGGCCAUCUCGUCGUCCGAUGAGCAUGGGGAUUCUCGUAAUCUCGCAUCGUCCUCGUCUGUGGAUCCGGCUCGGCAGGCCAUGUCGCCGCCGCCGGAGCCGGGGAGCCUUGCGUCCAACGCGGUAGUGGCGCAGAUGAUGAAGCGCAUGAACUACAAGGAAGGCAGCGGCCUCGGGAGGCACGGACAGGGGAUCAUCGCUCCCAUCGAGGUGGCCCUCCGUCCCAAGAAUGCCGGCCUCGGCAGCGUCGAGAGAUCCAUCAUCGGUGGAGCGGACGGGCUGCCGCCACCCACCGACGAAAACUGGCCCAAGUGGGACGAAGCCGGAGGAGCAAGGAAACGGAAGCGCGAUCGGGACGUCGUCGACGACAAGAUCCUAGCCAGACGUCUGGAGGAGAGCGCCGCCGAGGCCGUCGUGCGUGUGCAGAAGGCACUCGCGCGGGCGGCCCGGUGGUCGUCGACGUCGAGUGGCUUGCUAGGAGACCUGAGACCCGGGGACGAGAGGCCGGCGGCCGCGAUCACCAAGGCCAUGAAGUGGGUGCAGGAGCAGAGCGCGUCGGGGACGCUCACGACGGGCGAGCUGAUCCGCGAGUUCACAGCCUUGAAGGAGAAGUGUCCCUGGGAGUACACGACGUACCGCCUCGCGGACACGGCGCGCGCGAUCGUGGCGCCGCUGCUGCGCGCGGUGUUCCAGAGGUGGGAACCGCUGGAGGACCCGUCGAGCGGGCUGGAGGCGGUGACCACGCUCAAAGACAUCCUCUUGGACGACGGGUCGGCCGUCUCGCCGUACGGAGCGCUGGUCGACGACGUGGUGGUGGGUCCCGCGCUGGCAUCGGCGGCCGAGACGUGGGAGGCCAAGGACCCGGAGCCGAUGAUCCGGUUCCUGGAGACGUGGGGUGACGCGUUGCCGCUCCCUGCCAUCCAGCGCCUCCUGGAGCAGGUGGUCAUGCCGAAGCUGUGGGCCGCCGUCGAGUUGUGGGAGCCGCGGUGGGAGCCUGAGCCGUGCCACGUCUGGGUGCAGCGGUGGAUCCCGCUCCUCGGGCGCUGGCUCGAGCCGCUGUACGUGAUGGUGCGGCACAAGCUCGGGAAGGCGCUGCUGGGAUGGCACACGGCGCGCGCCUUAGCUGACUACGACAUGGUGUUACCGUGGAAAGACGCGUUCGGGCCGGAGGCUUGGGAGGAGUUCGUCGGCCGGCACGUCGUGCCGUACCUGAGGCACGGCCUGCAGGCACUGCGCGUCACGCCGCCGAAGCAGGAGGACGGCGGGUUCGCCAGGGUAAUGAGGUGGGCGUCCGUGGUGUCGGUGCAGGACAUGGCGCAGCUCCUGGAAGAGGAGUUCUUCGGCAAGUGA